UGUAAAUAGUUUAUGGUCAAUGAUUUUAUUGAAAUAAAGUUGUGGUUUUUAAUUUUAUCGAUCAUGAGAUAAGGUUCAUUGGAUAUAACGGCAGUGGGUUCACUCUUAAAAACAACAUCACACAGGAAAAUAUAAUGUAUGUAUGGAUAUCAAUAGGGGUUGUUUAAUAUUGUGAUUCUUUAUAUAUAUAAAGAAAAAAAAAAUACUAGGGAAUAAUCAUGGGUUGUGCCGCUUCUUCUGAUAGUGGAACUCAGUAUGCAUCACUUGGACAACACGGACAACAAAAUGUUAGGAGUGAACCAAAGAUAAGGAGUCAACAACAAAAACCUCCUCAGCAGAAUACACAAGAACAACCACCACCUCCUCAGCAGAAUACACAACAACAACCACCACCCCCUCAGCAGAAUACACAACAACAACCAGCACCAAACGAAGAACCACCACCAUACGAGUAUAAAUCAAUACCUGUGCCAAUCGUGGCUGCCAAACCCAAAAGUGCCGAUAAAAAUGGCCCAGUUGGAGUUAAAAGCAGUGAUGCCAAAAGUGGAGUUGACUUUUACAAUACUGACGAUAUGAUGUUGCCUGGACUGCCAGACUUCACGGUAGCCGAGUAUGUACCAACAGACAUUGGAACACAUGAACUGUUCUUAGAUUUUCGAACAUCGUAUGCAGAUUUUCCCACACAGGAACCUCCUCAUUCUAACGAAGAUCUGUAUACUGAUUACAAAUUCACUGUGGAUGUUGCUUUUCCUAAAAGAUCAGAUUUGGAAUGGAAAAGACCUAUGGAUGUCGCAGAAGAACCUGUUCUAUUUUCAGAGGGAACAACUAGAUUUGACAUUGGACAAGGUGAAGUAGGCACUUGUUGGUUCUUGGCUAUGGUAGCCAACAUUGCAGACAAACCAAGAUUGCUACGAAGGGUUAUACCUGGUGAUGCUUACAAAAUAGGUUCGGAUGAUUAUGAUGGGAUAUUUCACUGUCGGUUCUGGAGAUUUGGUGUUUGGAAUGAUACCUAUAUAGAUGACUUCCUACCAGUUGUGUAUGAAACAAAUAUAGCUGGGGCUCACUCUGCAACAGACCCAAAUGAGAUGUGGGUGGCUCUCCUGGAAAAGGCUUUUGCAAAAUUGUAUGGAUCUUAUGAAGAAAUAACAGCGGGAUUAACAGCUGACUCCUUCAUGAACUUAACAGGAGGAGUUGCAGAGAUGAUUGACUUCAAGAAGAAAAGGAUAUCGUCUGAACGAUUAUUCCAAAGGUUACAUAAUGCCUUCCAGUGCCCAACUACUAUGGUUGGGUGUGCUGUUCCGGGUAAAAAUGAUGGUAAAUGUGGAUUGGUAGGAGGUCACGCUUAUUCCAUGAACGGAGCUUUUAUUGUAGGUGGAGCAAAGUUAUUAAGAAUAAGAAAUCCUUGGGGCAAUGGAGAAUGGAACGGGCCAUGGAGUGAUGGGAGCCCUGAAUGGGAUUCUGCCCCGUCAGACUGUGUUCCGCCACCUUCAAAAGACGAUGGUGAAUUUUAUAUGGAUAUAAAUGAUUUUCUUGGAUAUUUUGAAGAUUGUACCAUUUGUAAUCUAACACCGGAUUUUGACAGAGAUGGAAACCCUAAUAUGUUAAAUUACGUAACAUGUGUAUACGGAAACUGGCGUGAGGGAAAAAAUGGCGGAUUUGAACACCGAACAAAGAAUCCAUGUUACUGUGUUACACUGGGCGAUGAAGCAAUGGACGAUGAAGGUAAAGUUGCCCUUGUUGUUCAGAUAGUACAAAGAACAUUAGAGAGUAGGGAUGAUGUUGCUGAUGUCAGAUGCGAUCUAUUCAAGGUUCUUAGCAAAAACGACCAUUGUGUUUCCCUGGAACUAUUAGGAGACAAGUCUAAUUUAUACAUGGGAAAUGUACAAAAUACAUACAGAUUCCUUGUUGAACCAGGUUCAUAUGUUGCUAUACCCUCGACCUUGGAAGCUGGAUACGAAAAGGAGUUUCUGAUCAGAUUUUUUACCGCCGGUCCUGUGUCAAAUCAUCAUGAAGUAGACAACAUUACUAUGAUGACAGGAAGGGGUAGAAAUGGCGAUGAACCAGCAGAAAAUUCACGUUAUAAAUGUACAAAAUGUUCAGUUGGUGCAUUCCAAAGUGGUGUUAAUGCUGGAGGACAGAUAGCGUGUGAAGGAUUUUCAAAUAACCCGCAGUAUCUACUGACAGUCAAUGACGAACAAACAUUUAGAGUUGAAGUUAUGCAACCAGAAAAAGAUGACGGAUUUGCACUUGGUAUCAAAUUGUUCGAAGCUCCUGGAGAUAUUUUCCCAGUUGAUUACAACUGGCUAAAUGACAACUAUGGCAAUGCUAUGAGAGACAGUGAAGGUGGUGAUGGCCCUUUCCAAUUCGGAACUUCUGUAGACACAUGUUACACAGUUUACCCGGGAACAUAUAUACUACUUAUUCACUGUGAUAGUGAAGUCGAUGAAAACGAUUUUUCUGUGGCAAUUUAUUCAGAAUGUCCAAUUGAAAUGGAAUCAGCACAUGUAUAAAAGGAGAUAAAAGAACAUCUUUGUUAAAUGGUUAAAGAAAUAUACUUUAAAAGUCCUGAUAUAAAUACUGAAACGGAAGGAUAUUGUUGAACGUGGAAAUAGGAAUGUUAUAAACAUGUAUAAUAAAAUUAGAAAAAAAAACAGACUGUAUUCCUGCUCUCCUACAGUAGUAUAAUCAUCAAUAAUUUAUCAAUAACCAGGUUACCUCUUGUUAUACUUUAUAUACACAAAUACAUCUUGAUACUUUUUGAAUGGAAAAUAUGCAUUUUUUAUUCGUAGUUUUUUUCAGGCAAAAAUUGAUUUGUAUACGACAAUCUAUGAAUAUAAACAAAACUAGUAAUUCAUAAUUAAUUCAUCUGUGAUAUUUUUUUUUUAUAAAUUAUUUAUUUGAAAAUAAAAGUGGCCAUUGCGUUA